UGUCUGUUGACAAAUGUGACCAAGGAGUAUCCGUGUCCCCCUGCCAUGUCGUAGCCAAGCGGAAUAAAAUGUAAUUUCACCAGGUUUCGUCGAGAUUUCAGGGCACCAGGCGUGAUCUUCAUGAAGUUAUGAAUCUGGCCUAAACUGAAACCAUGUUGAGGUGGCUUUCCGGUGAAGAGGGAGGGCCCAGCUCUGGAGCUCCAGGCUCUCCCCAGGGUGCUGGUGGCGGGGAGGCUGCUUUAGCUGAAGUGGCAGAGCGGCUGGCACAGAAUGAGCAGCUCGUGGCUCAGCUGAAGGAGAUGAUCCGGGAGAAAGAUGCAGCGCUGCGCACCAAAGACGAGCAGCUGAAGGCUGAGAAGGAGUCAGGCGAGAGCAAGCUGUCAAAGCUGCGUCUGCAGAACAAGGCCAAGGUGACCUCCCUGACCUCACAGCUGGAGGAGCUGAAGAAACAACAGGGAGGCCAGGAUACUCCCACUCACAGCAGGAAGGGGGCAGCAGAAGGUGACCAAGCCAGUCGUGGGAAGAUUGUCCUGCUGAAGAAAAAGGUGGAGGAACUGGAGCAGCAGCUUGCACAAAGAGAGGAGGAACUGGAAAACAAGGGGAAGGAGGUGGAGGCCCAGCGGAAGCGAGGUGAGGAGAUGGACGUCAUGUUAGCGGAGAAGGACAGGAAGCUGGCGGAGAAAGAGGCCUACAUUGUCCACCUGCAGACUUCAAUAGCAGGAGAUCAACCCGUCACACCGGCACCACAACAGGCUGCAGAGGAGAGCGGGGCGCUGCAGGAGCUCCAGCUGCUGGUGCAGAGCCUGACCAAGAAGGUGGGAGAGGCAGAGGAGCGCUACAGUUUGCUCCAGGAGCAGACGGAAAGCCUCAAAGAGCUCCUGGCCACAGAGAAGGAUCAGUACAAUCAGAAGGAGACCAUGUACAAACAGAACAUCCAGACAUUCAAAGACAUAAUCAUCCAGAAGGAUAACCAGCUGAUGGAGGUCAACCAGAUGCACGAACAGGAGCUUUUCAAGCUGGCUGCAAAAUCUGAUGCCAGUGCUGACUUAGAGCAGCUACUGAAGGCUCUGAAACAGAAGCUGCAUGAGAAAGAGGAGGUACUUCUGGGUAAAAACCAGGUCAUUGACGUUCUCCAGGGAGAGGUGGAUGGCAGAGAUCAGCAGAUAAAGGAGCUCAUGGAGCGGCUGCGCCGGCUACAGGUGGAGCGAGAGAGCCUGGAGUCCAAGCUGGAGGCAGAGAAACAUGUGAUGCGGGCGCAGCUUCGUGACCUGAUGGAGAAGCAGCAGGCGGAGGUGCAGCGAAUAACUGAGCAGCAUCAGGCACAGAUGGCUCAGACGCAGCAGGAUCUCCUGGGGCAGCUGGAGGAGCUGAGGAGGGCCACAGUAACACCUCCUGCCAACCAGCAGGCCUCAGGAAGUGGAAACAUGCCCACUGAUUCAGCUUCCAUCCAAAGGCUGGUUGAGCUGGAAGCUCAAGCAAAGCAAAAAAUGGAGGAGGCUAGCAAGUCAGAGGCCAAAUUCCUGAAAAUGAAAGCCUGGUCCAAAUCACGAAUCAGACAGCUCGAGGAGGAACUGAAGAAAAGUCAGGCUGGAGCUGCGCCCCCUGACCUGACAGCCCUGCGGAGCCGCAUCAUUGAGCUGGAGGAGGAAAGAGAGGAGAGCCUCUGGAAACUGGAGCAAUAUGAAGAGCUCAAAGGCAAAAACGAUUUACUGGAGGCCAAGCUGGUGGUGUAUGAGGAGCAACAGAGGACACUGCUAGCUGACCUGGAGCAGGUCACCAAGAGAGCCGCCUCUCAGGCGAGUGAGUCAGGCAGCGCUGACGACACCCAGAGCCAGGUGCUGGAGUGGCAGGAGAUGGUUGCUGAGGCGGUGAGCGCCAGGGACCGAGCCAGGGAGGAGAAGGCUGCCAUGGCCCUCCGCAUGACUCACAUGGAGGAGGAGAGAGAGGCGCUGGCCAGCCGGCAGCAGGAGUUGGAGGAGGAGCUGGCCCAGGCGCGGGGGCUCAGCCAACACAGGGCCAAGAAGCCAGCUGCUCCUUCCCAGCGCAACCUGCAGGAGGACUUUGAAUUUGAUGGGCAGCCAUCGUUCCAGGAUCCUCGCAGCGCCUCAGAGAGCACUACCCCGAUGGAGGGGGAGAACAUGGGAGGUUGGUGGCCCGAGUACAGUACUCCUGACACAGAUGGCUUGCGGUCCCUAGUUGAGGAACUGGAGCUAGAGCGGAACCAGCUGCAGGAGCAGAUCCUGGGCUUGGAGGAGCGCUGUGGUGAUCUGGAGGAUCGACUGCAGCUGCAAGCCCGCAUCGAGGCUUUACAGGUGACGUUUGAUGUAGAUGAAGAUGGGCGGCCAUAUUGGGUCUCUCAGAAUGAGUCAGAGAGACUUCAGAGCCAGCUUGCCACUGUCCGAAGUCAGCAGAGCAGAGAUGCAGAGAAACAUCAAUUACUGGUUACCAGUCUCAAUGAACAACUUAAAGGACUAAGCGACACACAAGAGUGCCUUGAAAGCUCACUCAUUGAGAAGGAAAAUACUCUGGCCAAGACCUCCGAGAAACUUGAGCUCAUCAGCAGCCUCAGAGAAUCUUUGAGCAACAAAGAGAUCCAGUACAAAGAUGUGUCUGAGAAGCUUCUUCAGACAGAGAACACUCUCACCGAAGUUUCAAAGAAAUGCAGUAGCUCAGAGAAACAGUGCUCUGACUUGAAGAUGGAGGUUGCUGACCUUACACAGAAGCUCAGUGUGCUGAAAGAGAAGGCACAAAAGCAAGAUGUCACCAUAGAAACUUUACAAACGGAGCUCGAUCAGACUACUGAGGAGCUGGACAAAUUGAACAGUACCCACUUGGAAGAACGCGCCCAGCUUAUUCAUGACCUUCAAAGCUGUGAGCGGGAAGUCGACAGUCUUAAAGAUAUUCUGUUGGAAAAGGAGAAGGAAAUAUCGUCCCUCUCUGGUAAUAUGGUGGAGUAUGCAGAGCAGAUCACAAUGCUGAAACAGGAGAUUAAGCUCAAGGAGGAGGACCUGGUUCGUACUGAAAGUGCACUGAGUAAGGCUGAGCGGGAGGCAAUGAUUAUUCGAGACUCUCAGAAUUCAGACCAGCAAAUCCUGAACAACAAGAUCGCAGAUUUGGUGGAAAAGCUCAACAGUACAGAGAUGGAACUGGUGAAGGCCAAAGAGGAAAGGAAGUCUAAAUUGGCUGAGGUGGAGGAACUUACAAAAGAGGCAAAAGAGGAUAAGAAAACUAUUCAGGACCUCCGGGGAGAGCUACAGAAACAGACUGUGAGCCACCGUAAUCAUCUUUCUGAAUGUGAAACACACAUCUCCUCACUGAAGGAACAGAUAACAUUAUCUACCCAUAAACUGGAACAGGAGUCAGAAGCACUCAAGGUCAAAAAUACCAGCAAUGAGAAACUACGAGAGCAACUUCAUGACAAAGAACAGACUUUUGAGAAAGAACUUAAAUCCUUAAAGGAUGAGCAGAACAAGCUGCUGGCAAAAUACAAUGAUGAUGUGCAGACACUGUCCAAACAGUUAGAGGAGCAAGUACACAGUCAUGAACAGAUCAAAAUGGCGAUGCAAGAAAAACUAGAAACCAUAGCAUCUUUGGAGGACCAACAAAAGGCCAUUCAUGAACAGGCUGAGGAGGACAGGCAGAAAUUCAGCACCAAACUGCAACUCCGAGAUUCAGAAAAUGACAAGUUGGAAAAAGAACUUCAAAGUAAAUCUGAAAAUAUCUCCAAACUCAAGAGCCUCUUAAAAAGUAUGAAGACUGAAAAACAGCAGGUGCAAGGGAAGCUUAAGGAGUUGACUGAGGAGCUUCAGUCACAAAAGCAGCUUGUGGAACAACUUAAUGAAAAAUCCACAAAUGCUCUUCAACUUAACAGCAGUCUAGAGAUGAAAGCAAGCUCCCUUACAGAAGAAAAUGAGAGACUUGAACUGAAAGUAUCAGAAACUGUGAAAUCUAUUUCAGAACUUACGGCGGAGAGGGAAUCCCUGCAAGCUAAAAUAUCCACAUUUGAAACACAGUUAUCAGAAAACAGCAGAAUUAUUGAGGGGUUACAAAAAGACAAGGAAGAACUGAGUAAUCAAACUAAUGAACUCAAUAGAGUCAUUGAACAGAGCACACAGUCAAACUCAGAGAUGCUGCUGGAAAAAACAAAUGAAUGUAGUCGUCUGAACCGGUUGCUCAGGGAGAAUGAGGAGAAGGUGGCACAACUACAAGAGCAAGUGGAAAGCAUGAUUUCUCAGGUUGCGCAGUUCCAACACAACAUGCAAGAAAAAGAGCAGAUUGUUUCUGGUCUUAGAGCAGAGAUGGAGGCACAGCAAAGUCAGCAAAAGCAGCUUCAGGAAACACUGUCUCUGCUUCAAGAUCAGGAGGGCACCCUGAAAUCUGGGCUAAUGGAGAAGGAUGUAAUGUUGGAACAGAAACAAGAAGAGCUCCACAGUUUACACAGUGAAAUUACAGAGCAGAAAAGUAUCAUGUCAAAACUGCAGUCUGAGGCUCAGUCACUUCAGGAAGAAUGCUCACAACUUCACCAGCAGAUUAAAGAGAAAGAAGAAAUGAUAAAAAAUGUGACGCAACAGUGUCAAGAACUUAGUGUCAUUGAGAACAGUGCCAUAAAGCUUGAAUCUGAAAAGGCAGAGCUGAAAACAAAUCUGGAGAACUAUGAAACAGAGAACAUCAAAAUUAAACAGAUUCUAGAGCAGAGGCAAACUGAGAUAGGUGGCUUACACAGCCACAUCCAGUUAGUUACUGAACAAAACCACCAACUUCGUGCUGCUUAUGAAAUAAGAGAGAGGGAGCUUGCUCAGCAAAUACAGAUUGCAUCUGACCUUGACGGGAGGGUUAAGGUGGCUCUUGAACAAACCUCCAAUCAUGAGUUGAAGAUUGGCAAUUUAACAGAAGAUAAUCAGAGACUACAAGAAGAGUUGGCACAGAACACUAAGUCUGUUUCUGAGUUAACCACUGAGAGGAACUCACUCCAAGAAAGAAUUUCUGGGCUUGAAAUUCAACACUCAGAAAAUCGCAAAAUAAUUAAUAGCCUGUUGAAAGAAAAGGAGGAGCUUACUAUGGCAGCAGAUGAAUUAAAUAGUGUACUCAAGCAAAAUGAACAGUCAAAUUCAUUGAGUUUGCUUGAGAAAACAACUGAAUGUACUAAUCUAUCAAAGACUUUAAGGGAGACUGAAGAGCAAGUUGCAAGUUUGCAAGAGCAAGUUAACAGCUUGAAGACACAAGUGAAUCAACUCAACAUGUCCAUGAAUGAGAAAGAAAAGACUGUGUCAGAGCAGCGUUCCUGCAUAGAAGCACAACAGGCCCAACUUGUGCAACUUCAGGAUAGUUUAUCUCUGUUUCAGGAACAGGGGGCUGUCCUCAAGUCAGGACUAAUGGAAAAAGAUGCUAUGUUGAAGCAGAAAGCAGAGGAAUGCAGCCUUUAUCAGAAUGAAGUCACGCUACAGAAAGAUCUCAUAUCAAAAAUGCAGGGUGAGGUGGAGUCACUCAGGGAAGACCACUCUGAGCUGCAGCAGCAGAUAAAGCAAAAAGAGCAGGUCUUAAGAGAUAAAACAAAUGAGUUUCAAAACCACAAAGAUGAGCUGAACAAACGAAAUGAAUCUGUGAUGUCACUCAGCAGUCAGCUUGCCGCUAUGAAUGAGACUUCUGCAGAGAUGGAAGUUAAAAUCACCAACCUAAAGGCUGAGGUGGAAAAACUCACGGCUGAGAACUGGCAACUGAUGAAGGAGCAAGACCAAAGGAAAGCUGAUGUAGUCAACCUUACAGAUAACACUGAAGUACUGAAUGAGCAGAAUGUGAGAUUAAAAUCUGAACUUCAGAAAUCAGUGAUGGAGCAGUCCAAAGUACUAGAAGAAAUUAAAAAUCUGAGGCAAGCACUCUGUGAUAAGGACAGCCAUCUGUCUAACUUAACUGAAGAACUGAAAGCAGCACACUCAGAGAAGGAGAGACUUAGUUUGGUAGUCCAAGAAAAAGAUGACUUCCUGAAACAACAGGAAAACUACAUCCAGCAGUUACAGGCAAAAUCUCUGGAUGUUGAAGGUCAGUCAAGCCAACAGUUAGAGGUUAUCACACAGCUACAGACUCAAGCUCAAACUAUUCAACUGUCCCUUCAAGAUAAAGAUGCUUUGUUGCAACAGACUAAAAAAGAGCUCAGUUUUCUCCAAGAAAGGUUUACCUCAGAGACGGAGAAUUCCAAAAGCCAGCUUGACUCAAAUUCAGAAAUAAUUGCAAAUCUCCAUAAAGAAUUGAAUAAUGCCAUGGAAAAGACCGCAGAACUCAACAUUAAGAUUGCUGAGCAAGAGGUGCAGCUGAAACAAAAGGUUGAUGAUAAUGUCUGUUUAGGAACACAAGUGUCAGAGCUCAAAGAUUCUGUCGUUAAGCUCAAAGGUCAAGUUGACAGUUUUACUUCAGAGUCAUCCACACUGAAAGACACCUUGAGGAAGAAAGAGGAGUUAAGUCUUGAAUCACAGAAUAUUUCAUCAGCAAACAUUGAAAAUCUUAAGUCAAAGCUGGAAACCAAGGAGUCAGAGUGUUUGAGCAUGAAAGAGGAGCUUUCACACCUUCAGGAGUCUUUCACAAAGCUUACCAACACCCUUACAGUGCAAACAUCUGAAAUGGCAAGUCUCAAAAAGUCUUUAGAUGAAAAAGAAGCAGCUCUUUUAGACCAGUCAAAGUCCCUUCAGGAUAUGCAGAGAAGAGCAGAUGAGGCCAUGCUCUUUAAAAAUCAAUUCAUGGAGAGCACUGAGCUGGUGUCACAGCUACAGAGUCAGAUUCAGUUAUUGUCAACUGAGUCUGUAAAUCUCAGCAGGACGGCAGAGGAAAAGCAGAGUGCCUUUAAUAAUCUUCAGGAGAAAUAUGCAAUUCAUCUAGAAGAGUUGCAUGAUGUCAGAAAGCAACUGUCCCAAAGGGCUGAUGAGAUGUCCAGUCUUAAUAAGUUGCUGAGUGACAAAACCAGUGGAUUUCAGACAGCAGAGGCAGCUAUAGAAACACUGAGAAAUGAGCUGUCCGCUGUCCAUGGGAAACUUCAGAAAGCCCAAGAUGUCAAUUCCAGGCUUUCAAAGGAAAAAGAAGAAGCUCUCACCACCCAUCAGGCAAGUGUGUCAUUGUUGAACAUUGAAAUAGAAAGACUGAAAUCACAGCAUAUGCAAGUUGUGGCACAGAUGGAUGCGCUGACAGAAAAUCUUGAGCAGAGAGAAAUGGCCCUCCAUGCAAUUAACAAUCAGUACACAGCCCAAGCCAAGCACACUGCCCAGUUGGUUUCAGAAAUGCAGAAACUAGAGGAGCAAAACAGGAGGCUAAGUGAGGACAUUAGUUUGUCAAAGGAAGAGCACCAAAAGCAUCUUAAUGUAGUCAAUAAUGAAAAAACACAUUUGCAAGAGGAAUUGAAAAAACUUCUUUCAGAGAAGGAUGAGCUGGAAAGAAGUCUCAAUCAUCAGAUGCAGGCAACACAGGGGGAGUUACAGCUUAAAAUGGAGCAGCAGUCCAACAGCAUGAAUGAAACUAUGAAGAGAUUGGUGUCCGAGAGGGAGAGCCUACAAGCUGAGGAGAUGAGCCAGAAGGUUGAUGAGCUGCAGAAAGAACUACAGAAGGCACAAGCCUUCAGAGUGCAAACUGAGAAAGAAGUCAGCUGCUACCAGGCAGAAAUAGCAGAUCUCAGGUCUGAGAGAAACAAUCUGCAAAGUGAAUACCAAGCCCUAAAGGAGAAGCAGCAGGCCACAGCGAGGAAGGACGGACAACCAGUCAUGGAAACUGUGGCUUUGGCAGGUCAAAGUGGAACGGAGGAGAUGGUGAGCCGGUUGGAGACGGAGAGGGUCCAGCUUCACAGAGACUUGCAGCGCUGCCUUUAUGAGAUCCAGCAGAGAGAUCAGUACUACCAGCAGCUCAACACAAGGCUGCAGCAGGCGGUGGAGGAGAAAGGUGCAGUGGCAGCCCAGCUGAGAGCUGUUUCCCAAACACUGAGGGACACCCAGAAUCGCUGCCAUUGGCUGGAAAGUCAGGUGCAAGGCCAGGCACAGCAGGGGUCAGUAUGUGCCGAGGUCGCACCAGGAGCCCCCCAGGAGAGGAGUAACCACUCCAUCACCAUGGAAACAGCAGAGGCCAGUCAGCUCAGAGAGAGGCUGCUGGAGGUGGAGCAGAGUCUGGCAGAGGAGAGAUCCAGGAGGGAGACAGCCGAGGAGGCUCUGUGUGCCGCUGAGGACAGGGCAAAGACUGCUGGGUCCAGCCCCUCCGGAGGCAGCCAGAGGGACUUCACCAUCCAGCUGGACGCAGAGGAUGAGUGGGACGGCCUCGUUCUGGACCCCACCCAGCCGCUGCUCACACGCAAGGUAAAAGGCGGGGUGCUUGCGUGCCGGCGGUGGAUCAGAGGGAGAAGCCUGUACUGCUCCAAGCUGCUGACGACCCGCGCCCGCUCCCGAUACUUCUUCCUGGCCUACUUGCUUACGCUGCAUGUCGUCGUCCUCAUGUGCCUCACCGGUGCCCUUUAGCAAGGUCACACUGGGAAAUCCAUCAAAAUUCAUCAAAUUAAUCUUCAGCAGAGUAGGAAUUGAAAGGUUGUGUUGACAAUAUUGAUUCAUAAAAUCAUAAUGUGUUGAUCACAGGCACAGAUUUUGUUUAGUUUAGCUUAGAUGAGAAAUUCCAUGCUUAUUUUUUUUUUCCAAGAAAUAUUGUAAACCAAGCCUUAAAGUUUAAGAAACCCCCAUCCUCCACCUCCUCUAUUCCUCUUUGCUCUUUACUCUUUGCCUGAACUCAUUGCCUAUAUUGUUGUCAGAUCCACAUAAGAAAGGAAAUGAGAAAAUAUUUUUUUUAAAUAUAACCAAGAGUUGGAUGGAGUUGGAGAAGAAAGGGGGAGUUGGUCUGAUUUAAACCUUAUCUGAAAAGCCUCAGAAGGCACUGAAAGCCAUAUCCAGUCUUAGUGAACACUACUGUUUAAGCGUUUUUUUUCCUUUCAAACAUUUAUCUUACUGCCUGUUAACCUCGUCGCCUCUGCCUGAGUUUAAAGCAAACCUGGAAACCCUCCCCGCCUCCGACCUCGAACGCCGCUAUACGCUUAUCGUCCAAAUCACACACGUUGGCACCCGCGCGUGCUUCCUUAGGGUAACAGCUUUGCCGUGACUGCCUUUCAUGGCUUCAUACCUUGCACAUAAUCUCGAUGCUGAGUUAAAACUAUGCACUGAAACUCUCAACUGUUUUUUAUAUAAUCAUCUCAUAGCAGCUCUGACGCACUGCACCUCACCCAGCCCCCUUUAUCCCUGUUAAAAUGUAUGGCUAAAGGGCAUAAAGGCUUUUGUUCCCCCAAAUCCUGGCAGCAGUUAAGAAGUGCUCUCAUGCCCCUGACACAGUGGGACACAGUGGUCGCAAAAUACCCUCAACAUGUGCUCUGAUAUCAUUGUGUGCCAUUGAAAAUGUACUGCAAAAAGAUGGAGGAUGCAAAAGUAUAUAUCUAUAUAUAUCUAUAUAUGUCUAUAUCUAUAUAUAGAGAUAUAUAUAGAUAUAGAUAUGUAUGAUAGUAUUCUGUAUUUAAGUGUGCAUCUGAGAAACUUUACUGUACAAUAUGUAUGUUAUGUAUGUAUAUAUUCAUUUCUAUCCCCUCUGUUCUGAUGUUCAGUUACUGUACAUUUCCACAUGAUUGUUUUGAGUACGACACUAUGAUUGAUUGAUUGAUUAUGGAUGGGGUUUUCACAAAACGGGGUCAACAAACCUGCCAAACGGUCGAAACAAGGCUUCUGUUUACAUCGUGUUCAUGUUUUGAAUUGAAAAAUCAUUAACGAGCAGACUCGCUUUCCGACAAGGCCCGGAAUUAAUAUUUACACAUUCGGUAAGGGACGCCCGUUUGGCUUGGUCAUUGAUCCAGUUUUGUGGACGCGAAGCACAGCUGCUGAUGGUACCUUUGUCCUAAUGAUCUGUAUAUAUGGGUUUGAUCAAUGGAUGAAAAAAAAAAAAGAAACCUGAAUCUAUUUAUGAAAAAUGUAACUACUGACAGAUCUUGAGAUGUCAUAUUUUCUAUACUGCCUCUAUUUUUAAGAGUUAAGUAAUAGUGAUGCUGUUAGCAUUUCGAUGACAUCAGGAUUUACCGUGUGCAAUACUGUGUGGAGGGGAACUUCCUUUCAGAUGACCCAUCGCCAUCUUGAAAACGUUUUAAUAAAGCUAGUCGAAUUUGGGUA